AAUAAUAAUCUAUUGUAGUAUGGAGAAUGACAAUGGAGUUUGUAAUAUGAUGAUCAUGCUUGAGCUAAAUCAUUGCAUGCCCAGCCCCGCCCUUUCCCCUGCAUCUCCAUGCAGAGAAAUGUUUGUCACUCUCAGUAUUUCUUUCUUGGUUCUUGGAGGAGCUAUUGGUCUUGACAAUGGCCUUGGUAAGACUCCACCAAUGGGCUGGAACUCAUGGAAUCACUUCAACUGCACCAUAACUGAAAAGAUUGUGAGGGCAACUGUCACAGCUAUAAUAGAAAAGGGUCUUGACAAACAUGGCUACAAAUAUGUUAACCUUGAUAACUGCUGGGCUGCUAGUAGCCGUGCUUCAGAUGGUACCAUACAACCUAAUCCAACUACAUUCCCAGACAUGAAAGGACUCAUUGAUUUCGUGCACAGUAAAGGUUUAAAGUUUGGCCUUUAUAGUGAUGCUGGGUAUUAUACCUGUGGUAAGCGCCAGCCUGGAUCACUAGGAUAUGAAACAAAAGAUGCAAAUACAUAUGCAGAGUGGGAAGUGGACUACCUCAAGUAUGAUAAUUGUGAAACAGAUGGAAGCAAGCCUGAGGUACGCUAUCCUGUCAUGAGGGACGCACUCAAUAAAACUGGACGACCUAUCUUCUAUUCAUUGUGUGAGACUGGCAAAGAUAAUGUAUCACUUUGGGGACCUAAAGUUGGUAAUAGUUGGAGAACUACUAGAGAUAUUGGAGACUAUUGGGAUAAAAUGAUAUCACGUGCUGAUGUAAAUGCUGACUUGUGGCCAUAUGCUGGUCCUGGUGGUUGGAAUGAUCCUGAUAUGCUUGAAGUUGGUAAUGGAAAUAUGACAUUUGAGGAGUAUAAGACACAUUUUAGCUUGUGGUGUCUAAUGAAGGCUCCACUUUUAAUUGGAUGUGAUAUUACCAAAAUGAGUGAUGAUACUUUUAAGAUACUCACUAAUGAUCACGUCAUUGCCGUCAAUCAAGAUCCUCUUGGCAUUCAAGGGAACAGGACAAAGCAAGACGGUACCAAUGAAAUAUGGCAAGUACCAAUGAAAGAUGGGACAAGAGUUGCUCUGGCUUUUAACAGAGGUGAUUCAGCUAGUGACAUUACAAUACAAUGGACUGAUAUUGGAUUUCCUAACUCUGCUUCCGUUAACGUGUAUGACUUGUGGGAUGAUAAAAAGAUGAUUGGUAAAUUCACUGGAUCAGUCACUGCUAAAGCGAUACCAUCCCAUGGAGUGGCAAUGUAUCAAGUAGAGCCGGUCUCUACAUAAUUUUUGACUAUAGGCAGCUAUAGUGCAUUUAAUUAUGCUGCUGAGUUGUAAAAUGCUAUGCUACCUUGUUGCAAUCAAUAUAGACAAGAAAUGAAUGCUAUUAGUAGACCAAAUUGGUAUGAGAUGCUGUAAGUCGAUAUGUAGGGUGAGAUAAUAUAGAUGACUGAAUACUCUUGAGCAGUUUGAGUUUUAAAUUCUGUGGUCAAACCCAGUGUUUUGCAGAUGGAGAACUUGUACACAGCAGCCUAGAUAUUCAAAUCAGCAAGUAGGAGCUGAUAGAGUAAGUCUUUUCUUGACCAGAGGCUGCCAUGCCACAAAAGCGACAAACGUCACGUCAUUAUUAGCUGACGUCAUAGAAGAUCAAAGAGAUGUAAUUGUAUUCAUAGUGCUGACUAGGCGAACCCACAAUUGCCUUUUCCUUUUUUUCUCUUUAUAAGCAAAGAAGCUGUACGUCAUUCUCUAACUUACUUGGCGUGGGGGUCACCGUGAUCCCGAAGGCGGUGCCCCCAGGUGGAGGCCUGGCAUUGCACACCGUCGGGCUGAACCCUGCGAUUUCCCAAACGGGAAACUCGGACGCAUAAUUUUUGGUAGGAGGGGGCUGCGUUCGCGCGCCCCCUUU